AUGUUGAUGCACGAGAAACUCUUGGCUGGGCAGUUCUUUGAUCUAAAGACUGAUCGCAAGCCGUUGCUGCAUCAUCAUCAUCACUCGCAUCAUCUGCAGCAAUAUCAGCUGCCCCACAGCCAAUUGCAGCAAUCAUCGCAUCUGACUCUGCCCAAAAUGGAUCUGUAUGCCGCCUACGCCUAUCAGCAACAGUUGCUGGGCAGUGCAGCCGCCGCCGCAGCGCUCAGCCAGCAACAGCAGCAGCAGCAGCAACAGCAACAGCAGCAAUCUAUUGCUGCUGCCGCUGAGGUGCUGGAUUUAUCGCGUCGCUGCGAUAGCGUGGAGACGCCGCGCAAGACUCCAUCUCCGUAUCAGACCAACUACAGCUAUGGCAGCGGCUCACCAGCCGCCUCGCCCACAGCCAUUCCCAGCAAUCUGCUCUACUCCGCACAGGCAGCCGUCGCCCAGCAGCAGCAACAGCAACAGCAGCAGCAGCAGCAGCAGCUGGCUUCGCUCUAUCCGGCCCUUUACUACGGCAGCAGCAUCAAGCAGGAGCCGAAUGCCGUCGAAGCUGUGGCCAAGUCCGGCAGCAAUGCCACCGCCAGUCUGCUGCAAACCUUUGCCGCCGCCUCGGCUGCAGCGGCAGCUGCUGCGGCCGUCUCGGCCAGCGCAGUGGAGCACUCGCCACGCCCGGCCAGCAAUGCCAGCACCAUGCAAAUCGAUGUCCUGGAGGCCCCACAGUCGCCGCCUGCAUCCACCAGCGAUAGCCAGCUGCACGGCAGCAGCAGCAACAGCGCCACCCACACGACACCCACCAGCAGCACCGCAGCACCACUGUCCAUCGCCGCUGGCGUGGAUGGCAGCAAGAAUACGCGUCCGUUCAAGGCCUUUCCCCGUGAUCCGCUGGUGAUCGCGGCCAAUUUCGCAGCCACGGAUGUGUUGCUGGAUAAUCCACGUGUGGAGCGCUAUACCGAAUACCGUAAGCGCGUCCUGGAGCAAAUUCGCAGCUCCAAUGGCGGCUCUCGCACGGUGACCAAUCCGAAAAUGCGACGCACCAACUCGCGCAGCGGCAGCGUCAAUGAGGGCAGCAGCUCCAACAACAACAGCGAAAGCGAGGAUCGUGCCGCCGCCGAGGAGUCCAGCGACUGUGACUCCCAUGCCGGCAACUUCGAGAAGCUAUCGGCCACAGCAACAGGCGCUGGAGGUGGUGCUGGAGCAGCAGCAGCUGCAGCAGCCGCUGCAGCCGGCACACUCAUCGGCAGCGGCAGCCAGGUGAAGGAUGCGGCCUACUAUGAGCGUCGGCGCAAGAACAAUGCAGCGGCCAAGAAGUCCCGUGAUCGUCGUCGCAUCAAGGAGGAUGAGAUCGCCAUUCGGGCUGCCUAUCUGGAGCGUCAGAAUAUCGAGCUGUUGUGCCAGAUCGAUGCGCUGAAGGCGCAGCUGGCCGCCUUUACCGCCAAAGUAACGGUUUAG